UUAGUCUACGGAUUUUGUUGUUUUCUCACAAUUUUCUUAUAUCAGUUGUUUUGUUUUGAAUUUUGUUUCACGUUUGUAUUGUCCCAGCAAAAUAUUUUUCUUGUAUUUUGAGAUUCGCUCGCAUUAUUGUGAUUUGUAUAGCUUAUAAAUUUUCUACCCUGAUAUGAUAAAACAAUGAAUAAAUAAAUUUUAGUUACCUACAAGUAUGGAAGAAACUAUACCUAUUUUAGUUUCUUGUAAGCCUCUGAAGCCAGAAUUUGAGAAAUUAAGUAAAAUUCCUUUAUCCUGUACCGAGUUUACUAUUGGAAGGGGUUUGAAGAACUCUGUUGUUAUACCAUAUUUGGCUAUAUCUAGAAAUCAUUGUGCAAUAAAGAAUAAUGAAAACAAUGACUGGAUCAUUGAAGAUUUCAGUUCUUUUGGUAUAUCAAUCAACGGUGAAAAGUUAGGGAAAAAUAAAUUAAGAAUACUUCAUCAUGAAGACCUGAUUACCUUAGAUCUUUCUGAAGAAUUUACAUACAAAUUUAUAAACAAUUCAGACUUUGAAGUGCCAAGUAAGAGGAGGAAAUUGGAAUGUACAAAGGAAGAUUUCAUUGAUAAUGUGAAAAUAAAGUUUGAAGAAUCUCAAAGUUACGAAAUAAAACAUAUAGAGGACAAAAUUCAGAAUGCGAAACAGAUGCAGACAACAUCUAUGAUAUUAAAGCAGCAACUUCAACUUGAUAUGAACAGGAAAAUUCAGCAGCUGGAAAGUAAAUAUGCUGCUCAGAUAGAGAACUUGAAAGGGGAGAAGAAUGAAGUGGAGAAACUGAAAGCAAUUCAUGUGGCGGAAAGAGAUGCUCAGCUAGCUGCCAUCAAAGGGGAGAUGGAAGGAAAAAUUGCUGAGUUAAUGGAACAAAUCGAAAAACAUAAUGACGCAGAAUCUGAGCUUUUGAAAGAAAAUAAUACGCUUAAAGAGAAGUUAUUGAAAGAACGUGAAGAGUUUUUAUCUGAAUUGAACCGUAAGAACUCCUCAAAAGAAGAAAUGUUAGAAAAACUGGAAGCAAAAAUAAAAGAACAAGAGGAAAUCCGCACAAAGGAAAAACAAGAGUUAGAAGAAAUGCUAAGAAAAGAAACUGAGCAGCUGAGAUUGGCUAAAGAAAAAGAAUUAAAAGAGUUAGAUGAGCAAAAGCGACUAAGGGAAGCUGAGUUGGAACAGGAACUUGAGAAAAUAAGGAAGUCCUUUGAAGAGAAAGUGCAACAGACUGAGCAAGAAAAACAAAGGGCUGAACAGCUUCUUAGUGAGCAAAUGGAACAGAUGAAGAGAUUCAAUGAUGAGGAAAAAGCUAAGAUGGAGCAAUUGGUUUUGGAAAGAGCAGCAAUAGAAAAACAACUAGCAGAUGCACAAGCAGAGUCUGAGAAAUCCCUUAAAGAUCUGAAGACACGAGUCACAGAAAGAGAAACAGAGUUAGCAGCUUUGGCAGCUGAAAGGAUUGAGCAACAAGUAGAGCAAUCUAGUGGAGUCAUCAACUCUUUACAAGAGCAAUUAGAAAAGGUAAAGAAACAGCUGGAGUCCGUAGAGAACGAAAAAAAUACUCUGCUUGAAACAAUGUCCCUGCCCGAGGUUCAGGUUAGCAGCGAAAGCUCCUCGAAGCAGAUGCUGGCUGCAGUCGGGGAGGUCAUGGAGAGCGAGCUGCAGUGCAGCAUCUGCGCGGAACUGUUCAUCACAGCGACCACACUUAAUUGCUCGCACACUUUUUGCAAAUAUUGUAUCACAAUGUGGAAGAAAAAAAAGAAAGACUGCCCUAUUUGUAGAUCUCACAUUCUAUCAGAGUGCAAAAGCAUAGUCAUAGAUUCAUUUAUAGAAAAGAUGGUACAAAAUUUAACUGAAGAACUAAAGACGAAAAGGCAGGAGCUACUUAAGAACAGAGAAGAGGAGAUCACAGCUAUGAAGAAGAAGCCAGCUACGAGAACAUCGACACGUACUUCGAAUACUUCGAGGCGGAGGACUACGAAUAUUACCCUUCCAGCAGCGAUGAUUACACCGGCUUCUACAGCUGGCACGUCUAACCGCUCGGCUCCGAUAGCAGUGGUGGACCUGACGGCGGCGACGGCGCCCCGCAUCGUGCCCCGGCCGCCGCCGCCGCGCCCGCCCGUCGUCGUGCUGGCGUCGGGGGCGCGCCCGCUGAUGCAGCAGCAACUGGCGCGGCCCGUGCAGGCAACCACCGCCGACGGCAGAACAUCGCAGGUGUACCUGGUUCCCAUUACGGCGGCUACGGCCGCUGCUUCCAUUGCGGCGCCCGCGGCCAUUGGGUCCCCCGCUGCCCCUUCAGAUAACUCUAAUACUAACUAGUGUAAUCUUAUGUCGUUAAUUACGUCCAAGUUUUAUUGGGCAAUUUCUCAGGCCUUUUUAAGGGUUAUCAUAGAUUAAAGUCUUUAUUUUUCAUCGUUUUACAUCGACAAUGAGAUUCUACGAGUUCUUAUGAGCUGAAUUAUAUUAUGCAUAUGUAAAUCGACUAUGUAUUAAAUUUUCAGGCCUUUUUAGAAUGUCAUUCCAUUUUAUCUUACUACGUAUACCUUCCUAUCUGUAGCUAAGCUCAGACUAAGGAGUGAUCUGUAUUUGAGCCGACAAAAAUAUUGACGAAGUCAAUGAAUAGCCGCUCCAUCUAGUAAAAAUUUCAAUAUUAACUACAGAAAGAAACCUAUGAUGCGCGUAGCUUACCACGUGCUUGCCAAAAGUUAGAAUCUCAAACAUUUCUUGCCUAUAGGCACAGUUAUGGAGAUAUAUUAACUCCAUUUAUGUUUUAGUAAAUGAAUCUAUCACGAAAGUUUUAAAUUUAAUCUUUGUAUAGAAUUUUACUGGAAACUUUUAUAUUGGAGGUUGUCUCAAAAAAUGCUUCGCAUGUCUAAGUAAAGGUUUUGCAAACAUAAAGGGUUAUAAAACUUUAGGAUUCUAUUACUGAAACUUCGUUGUCCAUCUGUCUGGGUGUCACCAAGCUGUAUCUCAUGAACCAUGAUAGCUAGACGGUUUAAAUUGCACAAAUGGUUCUGUUUGCCAUAUUUGUUUUUGAUAUUUCGUUGCCACUACAAUUAUAAAUAUUUAAAGGACUCCCUUACAACAAGCGGGAAGUUUUUCCUUUGCUCAAUAAUUAUAGCGGCAUGUAGAUACUUGAAGUAUUCACAAAACAAAUAUGGACGGUACGGAACCCUUCGUGCGAGAGUCCGACUCACACAUGGCUACUUUUUUUUGUUGGUAUUUUGUAAUGUGAAAAAGCUCGCCAGCUUUGCGACGACAAUGAUUUCGGGCAGUUUUGGGGCCAUGUGUGUUAUUAUUUUGUUUUCAUUAAAAUAAAAAUUGUAUUAAUACUCAGUAUUAUAGAUCAAAAAAUUUUACAAAAAUAUUAUGUAUUGUUAGUU